AUGGAUUCCUAUGAUAAGCUUAAACCCUACGGAAUUUGUAUAAAUGGUUGCAUAGAUGGUUUUUCCAGGCACAUAAUUUGGUUGAGAUUGGGUCGAACAUCAAGUGAUCCAAAGGUAAUCGCCGGAUACUAUUUGGAUGCUGUGAGAUUAACAGGUGGUUGUCCAAAAACUGUCCGGUCUGACAUGGGUACCGAAAAUGGGUUGGUGGAACGAAUACAAAAAACCUUUCAUCAAUCAUUCAAUACCGAGAGGUGUGAUAGACCAUCCUUCUUAUAUGGGAAAAGUACACAUAACCAAAGAAUUGAAUCUUGGUGGGGAAUGCUUAGAAAACACUGCGUUCAGUUUUGGAUGAACCUUUUUCAAUCACUGAAAGAUGAGAAUUUCUUCCAGGGAACGACUCUUGACAAGAUGUUAAUACAGUUCUGUUUCUCGAAGAUAAUCGAGAGAGAAAUGGUUGAAGUUGUUCAUGAGUGGAAUAUUCACAAAAUAAGUAAAACCAGAAACAGUGUAUCUCCAACUGGAAGACCAGCUUUAAUGUAUGAAGUCCCUUCUUUCUACGGAGCUCAAAGUUAUUUAGUGCCAGUACCUGCCUUUGCAAUUGAUGAACUCUCCUCUGGUUGUACAAUCCAAGAGCAUCCAUGCGACAAGGAUUUUCAUGAGCUUUGUAUUAUUUUAAUAGAAGAAAAUCAAUACGUCCAAAAUGAAAACCCAACAGAUUGUGUUUAUUUGUAUAAAAAGUUGAGAAAUGAUUUGCGUAAUAUAUUUAACAUUACCAUUUAAUAAAUGGUUUCAUUGUUCAUUAUGCUCCCGGGUUAUAAAUGAGGGACUUUU